GCGGAUACUUUUCCACCGAGGGUAGAAGGCCGACCACAUUGCAAAGCCUAUCUUCCAGAGCCAAGAGCUGACCAGGAGGGAAGGGGUGGGUUGAGUGGCUGAGCUGAACACGUGAUACUGCCAGACUGUCCUGGGCCCUCUGUGAGCCUGAGGCUGAAAUCGACGUUUGCCUCUGGCAGGAAAAUGAACUUGUCAGUUUCUGUGUACUUCAGACCUUCAACCCAAAGGAGCCAGAAAUGACAGUAACAAUUUGGCUUAGUAUCUCAAGAACCUCAGAGCUAUAAAGUCUUCCCAUCCCCUCCCCUUCGGACCUCAGACCCUGCUCCCAGCACCAGGACUACAAAGACGUCACGUGGCAGAGUGGAGCCCGCCUCCUGAUGACGUCACAUUGCUAGCAGCAGACGUGCUGAAGAAAGGAUGCUCUAGGAUGCUGUCCAGGUGGACGGCCUCGCUGCAAGAUGCGGCACUGCAGGAGUAACUAGCAUGGUCAGUGCAGGAGAUAUGAGUACAUCUGGGAACCUAAUGGACUUCCUUGAUGAGCCCUUCCCUGAUGUGGGGACCUAUGAGGACUUCCACACCAUAGAUUGGCUGAGGGAAAAGUCUCGGGACACUGACAGACACAGAAAGAUAACCAGCAAAAGUAAGGAGUCGGUCUGGGAGUUCAUUAAGAGCCUUCUGGAUGCAUGGUCAGGAUGGGUAGUAAUGCUACUAAUUGGGUUGCUGGCAGGUACCUUGGCUGGAGUCAUCGAUCUCGCUGUUGACUGGAUGACAGACCUGAAGGAGGGGGUCUGUCUGUCUGCCUUCUGGUAUAGCCAUGAGCAGUGUUGCUGGACCUCCAAUGAGACCACUUUUGAGGAUAGGGACAAGUGUCCCCUGUGGCAGAAGUGGUCAGAGCUUCUCCUGAGCCAGUCAGAGGGUGCCAGUGCUUAUAUUCUGAAUUACCUAAUGUACAUUCUAUGGGCAUUGCUGUUUGCAUUUCUCGCUGUCUCUCUGGUACGUGUGUUUGCACCAUAUGCCUGUGGCUCUGGCAUACCUGAGAUAAAGACUAUUUUAAGUGGCUUCAUCAUCAGAGGCUACUUGGGGAAAUGGACCCUGCUAAUCAAGACUGUCACCCUGGUACUGGUUGUGUCCUCUGGCCUGAGCCUUGGGAAAGAGGGGCCACUGGUGCAUGUGGCUUGUUGCUGUGGCAAUUUCUUCAGCAGCCUUUUCUCAAAGUAUAGCAAGAAUGAGGGCAAGAGGCGUGAGGUGCUUUCAGCUGCAGCUGCAGCUGGUGUCUCUGUGGCCUUCGGUGCUCCUAUAGGAGGUGUGCUCUUCAGUCUAGAAGAGGUCAGUUACUACUUUCCUCUGAAAACCUUGUGGAGGUCAUUUUUUGCAGCCCUGGUGGCAGCCUUCACACUGCGUUCCAUCAACCCCUUUGGAAAUAGUCGCCUGGUUCUUUUUUACGUGGAGUAUCAUACACCCUGGUACAUGGCUGAACUCUUCCCCUUCAUCCUGCUUGGAGUCUUUGGGGGUUUGUGGGGAACCCUCUUUACACGCUGCAACAUUGCCUGGUGCAGGAGGCGUAAAACCACCAGGUUGGGGAAGUACCCAGUGUUGGAGGUCAUUGUGGUGACAGCCAUCACAGCCAUCAUUGCCUAUCCCAAUCCCUACACUCGUCAGAGUACCAGUGAACUCAUUUCUGAACUGUUCAACGACUGUGGGGCUCUUGAGUCCUCUCAGCUCUGUGACUACAUCAAUGACCCCAACAUGACUCGGCCUGUGGAUGACAUUCCGGACCGGCCAGCUGGGGUUGGGGUUUAUACAGCCAUGUGGCAGCUGGCCUUGGCAUUGAUCUUCAAAAUAGUCAUUACUAUAUUUACCUUUGGCAUGAAGAUUCCCUCAGGCCUCUUCAUCCCCAGCAUGGCUGUAGGAGCCAUGGCAGGCCGGAUGGUGGGAAUUGGUGUGGAGCAGCUGGCCUACCAUCACCAUGACUGGAUCAUCUUCAGGAACUGGUGCAGGCCUGGAGCAGACUGUGUCACACCAGGACUCUAUGCAAUGGUGGGAGCUGCAGCCUGUCUAGGUGGAGUAACUAGGAUGACAGUGUCACUGGUGGUCAUCAUGUUUGAAUUGACUGGAGGUCUGGAGUAUAUUGUACCCCUGAUGGCAGCGGCUGUCACCAGCAAGUGGGUGGCUGAUGCCUUUGGUAAAGAGGGAAUUUAUGAAGCCCACAUCCAUCUGAAUGGUUACCCAUUUCUGGAUGUGAAGGAUGAGUUCACCCACCGUACCCUGGCCACUGAUGUGAUGCGGCCCCGGAGGGGAGAACCAUCAUUGUCGGUAUUAACCCAGGACAGCAUGACUGUGGAGGAUGUGGAGACACUCAUCAAGGAGACAGACUACAAUGGCUUCCCUGUAGUGGUCUCCAGAGACUCGGAGCGCCUGAUUGGCUUUGCCCAGCGGCGGGAGCUGAUCUUGGCUAUAAAAAAUGCCAGACAGAGACAGGAGGGUAUUGUGAGCAACUCCAUCAUGUACUUCACAGAGGAGCCCCCUGAGCUGCCAGCCAACAGCCCACAUCCACUGAAGCUGAGGCGUAUUCUGAACCUGAGCCCUUUCACUGUCACAGACCACACCCCCAUGGAGACAGUGGUGGACAUCUUUCGGAAACUGGGGCUCCGGCAAUGCCUCGUGACACGGAGCGGGAGACUUCUUGGGAUCAUCACAAAAAAGGAUGUUCUGAGACACAUGGCCCAGAUGGCAAACCAGGACCCUGAAUCCAUCAUGUUUAAUUAGCAAUAAAGUGGCAAUUAUUUUGAAAAGACCAAUAACUAUAUAAUUUUUAAGGAAAUAAUCAAAUGAUACAUUAUGAUCCUAAUGAAAAAAAAAACAUAUGCUGAAAACCUUUUUUGAAAGUAGGGGGAGAAGGAUAAAACAUUUUUUAAAUGGCCAAACCAUAAAUUAGUAGGCAUUUUAUAGCUUUAACCUCUUACACGUUCCAAGCUGUAUUUCUUAAUAAAUUUACUAACUGCUUUGGAGGCACGUGGGAGGGUGUAAAUGGCAUGAGUUAUAUGAAGACAUGAAACACAAGAAACUUUUAUGCCUUUGCUCAAGGUUGAUAUUUGUAAUUUUGGAGGAAAUGUGAAGCUUUGCAUCCAAAAGAGAAAAAGGGGGAUCAGCAUGAUACUGUUUAUAUACUGGUUCUUAAAAAUUUGUUAUUAUGUUAAGGAAUCAUAGUGAAGACAUUGUGCUUACUUUGUUGGAAAAGAAAAGAAAAUUAAAGUUGGAUACAGUGAAAGCUACAAGAAGACCCAGAUGGGUGAUCUACUUGUGGCCAUCUCAUUUCUUGCUUUUGUUUGCAAGUCCAUUGUUUCACUUCUUUAUUAGUCUGAACCAGUAUCAGUGGUACCCACUAUAGUGAGCAUGAAGAAACCACAUCUCCAUAGAAGACUGAUCAUUUGAGACUGGACAGUGAACUUUGGAUCACAUAGUGCUAUGCGGACAAUUCUCUUAUGAAAGGGACAUAUUUUUAUUUUGAGGGGACACCUGCCUCAUCACUGAUUUGUAACAUAAAAGCAUCAGCUUCUUUAUAUAGUUACUUGUGCAUUUGAUGUAUUGAUUGAUCAAUCCAGCACUUUCCAUGGAUUAUUGCUUGUGUGCUCCCAGAUUGUUGUAGUGCAUUUUCGUUUCCAAGUAGCAUGUGCAAUACUCAAAAAACAAGACAAAACAAGCAAACAAACAAACAAACAAACAAAAACAUCUACCCAGUGUUUCUACUUAACCUUCUUCUCAGGUCUAUCAGAUAGAGCCAUGAUGAGAGUGAGGCAUAUAAAUUCUCAGUGUGCACUCUUCCAAAUGGAUUAUGAGAGAAAUUGUAAUUGUUUCUAAAUCUGUUCCAUUCUCUUCUCUGUAUGAUAUAAAAUGUCCAGUUUUAAUUCUGAAACAUGCAUUUUCAAACUAGCAAUCACAGCACAGGACACAGUUACAUUUUAUAUGGCCAAUUGGAGCAUUGGGUCUCUGUAUUUCAACUUAAUGAUACUGUUAUUCUUUUAGUUUUGUACUUCUGUCUUUUCUGCAGGAAGGAAUUAAUGUUUCAUGUCCAUUUCAUGAUCUGUGUAAGAUUUAUGUCAUUUCAUUUCAUUUGGCCAUUUUCACUGAGUAAUCAUCAUUCUUUUCAAUCUUAUUGUCUUUGGAUGUUGAUAUAUCAGGUACUUGUGUGCUUGAUUGUAUGUAACAGAAAACCCAACUGACUGUGAGUCUAAGUAAAAAACCUGGGAGAGGGUCACUCCAGGACUGUCCCCACACUAUUGCCAGGAUUCCAAAUUCUUCUGGUAUUUCAUUUUUCACUUUUCUUAUCCCCUGUCAUUUGGCUUAGAGCCUCAUACAUGUAAAAAUAUUGCCCAGGUGCCAGGUGUGACAUCGACAUUCUGUGUGGAAAGAGGGAGGAAGAGAGGAGUAACAAUUGGCUGGAAUUCUGUCACAUGCCCCAUCCUCCUAGAAGUCAGUGAGUACAGGAAGGGUAUCUUAGCUAGACAUAUUUCUGGAUGAAAUUUAGAUUCUGUUAAGAAAGGGGGCUUGGCUUUGGUGAAGGGAAUGUGUUUGUCAUAUUAAAGCCCAACAUCAUGUUCCUACCAUUA